CAUAGACUGAACUCAGCCUGAACCAAGGACAUAACUACCUGGCGCGCUCCAUCCUACUUGCGACGGCACAAAAGGAGAUGGAUUGGGACCGCAGCAGAAGAUUUGAUGAUCUCCGUGGCGGAGAGAGUUACCGUCCUGGUGGUCCUCGCGCUUAUUUACGACGGAGCAGAUCGCCCCCGCGAGUUCAUUCUCCUCGUCUUGUUGCAGAUACAUGGGUUCCCUCACAUGGUCGGACGUAUGGCCGUGUGCGCAGUCGCUCACCACCGGCCCCAAGACGUCGCCUCUCACGCAGUCCAUCAUUUUACAGGGGGGAAGUUGGAAUGGGCACAUAUUCAAAGCCAUGUCCAUCGCCAAGGCGGUUCUCGCCUAGACGAGGUGAGGUAAGGAAUCGGUCGCCUCACCAAGCCUCGUGGCGCUCAAGGUCUCCAUAUGGCGAAAGCCGCCAGCGUGAUAUCUCAUGGAGUCGGGGUAACCAUAAACGCCCCCGGGAGAUUUCACCGCGGAGCCAUGACUACAGGUUUUCAAGGCGGGAGCGGAAUCAGCCUUCUGGCGACAUAUAUACAAAGCCUGACAUUCCACUUCGUGAUACUGGCAGCCGUGCACAAUUUUCCCAUAGAUCCAGAAGCCCUUUUCAUGGAGGACGCAGGGAACGCCACCUAGAUAUUCCUUUAAAUAAGAAGCGGCGAUCAGCAUCUCCUAAGGGCGCAUCACCUAUGCGUACAUCCGCAUCUGGCUCACUCCCAACUUCAAGACGUUCGUCUCCUUUCACUGAAAGACUCAAUUUGAAUUCAUCCAAUGCCCCAAGCCGGUCGCCACCUCACCAAAACCCUCCUCGAUGUCUUUCGAGGACUUCAGAUCAGUCCUCUCGAGGAGAGCGAGCCUGUUCGCUCAGUCGCAAGCCCGCACCCGAGGAACCGAGGCAUCAAUCGCCAGCGCCAGAACGACCUACGGGCAAUGGGCAAGAUUUUGGAAGCGUCAGGUCACAACAGCGGGUAACCGAAGCUCCUGGAUUAGUUUCUGGCCAACCGGAUACAUACCAAUCCCGCAACGUUCCAGUACAACCAAAGGCAUACGGCCACAUGUUGCAGGGUCAAAUACCGCCAUCUGGCCCAUCACAUGGGUCUAAAGUAAUGUUGCAGAAUCGUGGGUCAAACAUUUCGUUGCUGUCAGCUCCAACUCGGCCACGCGGCGGUCCAAGUUUUAAGGAGUCGUCCUGGACAGCCUCCCCAGUCCGCCGUGGGCCUGCGGCUACCGGACUCCACGGUUCCCCACCGACUGGUCCGCGCAGUAGUCUUAUGUCAACAGGUCCUGGCGUUGAGUUGCCCCGCCCCCAUCCCAGCAGACAAGGUAGCAUUACCGGGUCUUCCUAUCCCGCUCGCAUCCCGAGACAUCUUAGUCACCUUGCGGGCCUUCACCAAAUUAUACCUGAAGGCAAAAUCAUUCCUUCGGCACUUGAUAUUGCCAUGGAGAAACGCCUGUCUCAAUUGGAAACAGAUAAAGACAGACUUUUUGAACAGAUUGCGGACAGUCAGAAGCUAAGGCGAGUUGGGAUCCGAGAUUGGGAUAGGCUAGACAGGGAAAGUUCUAUUUGUGCAUUAAAAAGUGAACUGGCAGAAGGACACCUACAACGUAUAGCUGAUGGUGAAGGCGUUCAUGUUGGUGCGAUGUUCUGAGAUUGGGUCAAGGCACAUUAUUAUUGACAUACCAGCCAUUGCCGUCUCCAAUAGCAAAGCAAGUAGAAAACAUAUCAACCUCUUCAAUUCCACACAACUCAUGAUCCGCAGUAUCCUAUCUAUUCAAUCCUUAUUUCACAAGGCUAGUUACAAACUUGAAUCUUUAGCAGUAUCGAGUACAGUUCACAAGAAAUGCACCAUUGAAUAAUGGUUGCUGGAUAUGUGCACUUUCUCUUACAUGUAACGAAGUACUACGGCCAUAAGCGUGAUGAUUAUCUUCUCGUCUUAGUUAGUUUUUUUUUUUUUUUUAGUAUUACCCUUU